GGAUCAGCACAGGGGAGCGAAAUGCGAUCGUCCCAGGAAGGCCAGCACGAGCGCCAACCCGCACUUGCCCGAAAACCGCUCGGCAAAGAAAUCUCUCCGCCCCAAAUCGGAAGGUACCAGCACCCAGAACACUGCAGACAGACCCAUUAUGAACAUAGACAACGCCGUCGUCCUGAGGGGUGGGUGGCAGAGCCGCGGCAGGCACGGGUCCGUCAGGGAGGGCGUGUGGUUCGACAAAGAUGGACGCGCCUGGAAGGUGGCGAUAAAGUCGGCGCUGGACACAAGGGACAAGGCCUGCGUGGAGGCAAUCAACAGGGAAUGCAGCGCGCUGACCGCCUUGCCCCACCACCCUAACAUCGUGUGGGUAAUCGGCGGCCGCAUGGGGGACGAUCCGAUGAUCGUCGAGGAGCUGAUGGCCACGAAUCUCGGGCGACUGUUGUGCGAGUCUAGACCUGGCCUGACCUACGGCGACAUAGUGAAGAUUGGGCUGGACGUCGCCAGGGGCAUGUGCCACCUGCAACAGCAUGGCUUCGCCCAUUUCAACAUCACACCUUCAAGUAUAUUGCUGGACGAGGCGCAGAACGCAAUGCUGGCGGGCUUUUCAGAAUCCAGGCACACUGGUACAAAGAACGUCUGCACCGGUUCGCUUGGCACUCCAGGAUACAUAGCGCCAGAAUGUCUUCUGGCAGCGAAGGCCGGUAAGCUCGCUAUCAGCGAGUCCAGCCGAGCCCAGCCUGACGCCGAAAAAAUCGAUGUUUAUGGCCUGGGGAAAGUGCUGUUAAAAUGCAUUACGGGGAGUCUAGAAGUGGAAAGCGCAGCUGCAGAGAGGCUGUGCCCUGCGCCGCUGUGGGAAUUCGUGUGUAAGUGCGUCGAGAGUCGUCCAGAGGAUCGACCGGGUUGUGGGCAGGUCGUCAAGGGGCUCCGUGGCAUGUUGGAGGGGAGCCAGAGCGGGGUGGAUGACUGGAGGCCGAGGAGGCCCAAGGCGGAGAUCUGGCGCGUUUGCGAGUGA